AGUGAGCUUUCAAGGAGCUUUUCGAAAAUUUUACGACACGAAAAAAAUCCGCCACAGAGCUGUCAAAAUAUCAUCACUAAAAAGUUUACAAACAUGUCGAACAAUCAAGAUUUGGAUAGUAAAUUCUUAAUUAAACAGGAAAUAAGAGUAAAGGGUGAUGAAUUGUGUCGUUUGUGUGUUGCAAAAACUUACGAGUAUUCGUCAGUAUUUCUCGAUAAUCUUCAUGAAUCUCUCAAAACAUGUCUUGGACUUACGAUCCAAGAAACAGACAAUUGGCCCAAGUUCAUUUGUCGGAAAUGCUUGGAUACAGCAAAGGUAUGUGUAAGGUUUGUAUCGACUAUCCGGGAGAGUGAAUCAACUCUCCGGAAUCUCUAUGGAGACUUGAAGGAUUUAGAGAUCAAGCCCGAUAUAGAGAUGAUUGAUAUACAGUCAAUGCCUCUGGAAGUGGAUGUAGAAAGUGAUGGGCUGGAAGAGAAGGUGACUACAAGGAAGAGGUCCUUGAGAAAGGUAUUGCAGAAGGAGCCUCCGGCGGAUAAAUCACCGCCAAAAAAGCGAGGGCGUCCUCGGAAGCAAGUAAUUCCUGAGACAAAGGUUGAAAUAGAAGAAAUUCCACCUGCACCGCAAUCUCCACUUGAAAUGGAGAAAUCUCCUCCUCCGUCACCAGAAUCUCAGCCUGGAUCUCCCUAUGUGCAGGAAAGUACGAGUGAAGAUGAGGAGACUAAGGAGAAGGAGCCAGUGAAAGUUACUCGGAAGAGAGGAAGGCCUCGCAAGGGAACUGUAGUACCCAAACGUACUCUUUCAAUCAAACGAGUAGACCGAAAGUACAACAAGGAAAUUGCUGAAGAGAAUAUAAGGAAGAUUGAGGAAUUCUUCAAGAUGGACUGCAAUUUGUGCCAGCAAUCGUACACAAAAUUGAAAGACUUACAGGCCCACUACCGGGAAAUCCACAAACGCAAAGGGUACGUUGUCUGUUGCAAUGUUAAAUUUAAUCGUCCGUCGAAGAUUCUACAGCAUUUUGACCAUCAUAUGAAUCCUGACGCCUUCAAAUGCUGUCACUGCGCUAAGACGUUCAAGAAUAAGUAUGGCCUACGUCUGCAUACGGAAAAUAGCCAUACUCCACCUGAAUUGCACAAGUACAAGUGUCCAAAUUGCCCAAAAACUUUCAUGAGCAUGAUUCGGUACAAGAAGCAUUCAUAUGUCCAUGUUACAGAUGCAGAAAAAAGCCACAUUUGUCCUCAUUGCAGCAAAGCCUUCGCCUUCAAGGCUAAUCUGCAAAUUCACAUUAAGCAGAUGCACGAGGAAGUGGCUUAUCAUGUCUGUGAGAUUUGCGCAAAGAUGUUCAAGAACAAGGAUGUAUUCCUGCGACAUCAAAAAACUCACACCGGGGAAAAAAUUGAAAAACUGCCAUGUCCCGUGUGUGGAAAUUCAUUUAAGUAUAAAGCCCAACUGAAGCUUCACAUGAAGCGCCACAAUGAUUCUGGCCAGGUGUUUCGGUGUCAUCUGUGCAACAAAGAAUCACCCAAUAGCUUGGCUUUGCAUGAGCACAUUAAAUAUGUUCAUGUCCGCGAGAGAAAGCACAAGUGCAAUCUCUGCAGUAGCGCAUUUAAAACACCGAUCGGACUUAGGGAGCACAUGGCAACUCAUACGUCCAGUCAAAUUCUCUACACUUGCCUUUUCUGUCCCAAGCAAUUCAACAGCAAUGCCAACAAGUACGUUCAUCAAAAGCGGAAGCAUCCUAUUGAGUAUGAGGCCAUGAAGCAGAAGAAAACUUCGGAAAAUCUCUACGAAAUUGAAGCAAAUAAGUAGAACAACAAUUUGUGUAAAUUAAUUUUAAAUUGAACUGUAUGAUUUUUCACAAAACAAAAUAAAUCAUUUUAUUCACGACUAAA